AUGAUAAUAUUAUUUUCAUUGUUACUCUAAACAUUCUAAUAAUAAACUACAGUCAUCGAACAUGCUAUUAUUCAACCUUUUAGCUAUCUCUAAUUAGGAUAAGUCAUUGGAAAUUAUGAAAAAUAAAACUUUAAAGUAGGUAACCUUACAGUCAACUAAUAAUUAUCAUCUGCUAACAAUAAGACUUUUUAAGUCAUUCUAUUACCAUCUAAUAAUGAAAAAUAUCCAUGCCUCAUAUAAUAAUUUUAAUUUCCAAAUAAAACCUAGAAUACAUCAAGAUGUGGAUUUGAAGAAACAGGAAAUUCAACUAAUCCUUGUCCCUUAACAUCAUUAUAAGCUAAUAAUUAUGCUAAUUCCUAUUUAUUUUAAACUGGUUGUACCAAUAUUUCAGUAAUUUACUAUGAUGAUGAAAUAAAUGAUAAUGUAACAAUAUUAUGGAUUCUUAUUUUAAUUAAUGAAGAUGAAUAGGACUUUAAUAAAAUUGAUUCCAACUAUUAAAUAAUCAUCGAUAACACUAUUUCAUUUUAUUAAAUUUCACUUGUUCUUUGUAUUUUAUUAGGUAUUUUUAUUGUUAUCUCUGUAUCCAUACUUUGUAUUCUUAACCAUAAAUAUUAGAAGGUUAAAUAAUAGAAUAUCACCUUAAAACUAGUCAAUAGAACAGAUGAUUAUUAAAAAACAAAAUUAUUGUGA